CGCGGGGCCCGGAGGGUGACCUUGGGGAAAGGUUAGCGGAACCGCGGCCACAUGCGCGGGGCGGGGCGGGAGCGGGGCGCGCGGGGGCGGGGCAGGGGCGCGCCGCCUCCGUCCCGCCCGCGCGGCCGCACUGGCUCCCGCACCCCUGCGCUUCCGCCUCACCUGGCACCUGGCUGGGCCAGAGUGCCCUUCUCAGCCGAGGAGGAACCCCGAGCGGCGGUGGGGCACCUGAGCCCAGGAUGGCGAGCAGGUCGGCGGGACCGCGAGUGCCUGGCGGAGUGGCACGUACAGCCCAGGACUCCCGGCUCCCACCUCCUGCUUCCGGGGCCGAGGCUUGUGUUCAAUCGGGUGAAUGGUCGGCGGCCCCCCACCACAUCCCCAUCCCUCGAGGGGACCCAGGAGACCUACACAUUGGCCCACGAGGAGAACGUCCGAUUUGUGUCCGAAGCCUGGCAACAAGUGGAGCAGCAGCUGGGUGGUGGCCCAGCCGGUGAGAGUGGGUCGAGGCCUGUGCAGUACGUGGAGAGGACCCCCAACCCCCGGCUACAGAACUUCGUGCCCAUCGACCUGGAUGAGUGGUGGGCACAGCAGUUCCUGGCCAGAAUCACUAACUGCUCCUAGUGGCCACCUCAGAAGGAAUGCUGCCCGUGCAGGGCCUGGGCCUGCCCCACGCGGACCCUCUGCCAGGAGAGGACCAUGGCGCCCUGUCUGCCCGCCACGGCAGGCCGUGCUUCACCCUGGGCCUGGCCAGGCGCCAGCCACACCUGAAGUGCCAGAAUUUGGACUUUUGCACCUGCUGACCCCUUGGCCCAGCUGUCCCAGGCUGCCAGGGCCAGGGGUGAACCUGUCUGACCUCAGUCCUGCUCACUGUGCCCCAGGACCAGCCCCUGGGGCUGGCAGGGAGGAGCUCCAGGAUAAUAAAAUCAAAAAACUGCC